AUAAUCUCGGUGGAAGGGCACCAAACAAUUCACAGCAAUUUCAAAACCGCCAAGCAACCACGAAAGUCUUCGCGGAAGAUCUAAUCCAGCGGGGGGUCCCGAACCAGUCACAUGGAGAACUAUGCUGGGGCCCACGGUGAGAUGAUGGACUCGGCGAAUAACCCCCACCUAUACUAGUUAAUUUGACCACUUCAUUCUUUUUUUGACUUUUUUGUUACCCCACUGAUCAUUCGUUGUGGAUAUCAAGCAAACACAUCACCGUCCAUCGAUUUUUACGAGGAUCAUUCCAGGUUGCACCCCAGCAGAAGGCGGGACUAGAGACUUCCGAAAUCCGUUUCUACUUUCUCAUCUCCACGACUGACGGUCGCAGACUCAAAUAAUGGAGCGUUAGUCCUCGGAUUCCACGUAUGCGAGUCAUCGCUUCCGGCCGAUGUUUACGCACCUUCGUGGUCCGUGACCUUCCCCAAAUCCAGAUCCGUGUUUAUAUUUGCCAAAAUUCUCUCCCCAAAGUCUUCCACAAGCACCAAACUCAACUCUCGCUGCAUCAUCCCAUCGACACUGGCCGGCCAAACGCGUUCCUCUCUCCAUCUUCUGUCUUUCUUCCUAUCUUCGCUUUUCUUUCGGCGACCGUCCGUACCGACGGUCGGCCACUGCUUGGUGGAUGGAUCCCUCUUUUUCUGAAAACAUCCCACCCUCCUUCUCCUCUGUCUCCAGUUCUCUUCCCCGAUGACUAAUCGUCGCCGACCUCCCUCACUCCUCGUCCUCUCGCCUUUCCUUGUACUCUCCUCCUUAACGAUCUUCGCCGGUAAUUUAACCGCCGUGGCCCAAUGCCUCCAGGACCAGAGCUCCGCCCUUCUCCGGCUGAAGGAAGGCUUCUCCACCAACAGGUCCACCACCAACCUCGAAUCUUGGAAGUCGGGCACCGACUGCUGCGACCACUGGGAGGGCGUUACCUGCGACCCGGCUUCUUCGGGUCGGGUCACCGCUCUCGACCUCAGCAACCGCUUCAUAUCCGGUAGGAUCGAUCCGAUCCUCUUUAACCUCACCUCCCUGACUUCUCUCAACCUUGCGUACAACUUGUUCAACCAAAGUCUCCCGUCGCCGGGGUUCGAGAAGCUGGCCAAUCUCACCCGCCUCAACCUCUCCAACGCCGGCCUCUACGGCCAGAUACCGUCGGGCAUCUCUCGGCUUACGAAGCUGGUCUCUCUCGAUCUCUCUACCCUCUUUAUCGAGGAGGGACCUUCCACAUCGCUCAAGCUUCGCGAUCCUGAUCUCAGAACCUUAAUUGCAAACCUCAUCAAUUUGAGGGAACUCUACCUCGAUGGCAUCAACAUCUCUUCUGAUGGUUCCGAGUGGUGCACAGCAGUGUCCGACUCGACCCCUGGCCUCCAAGCGCUGAGCUUGGUAUCCUGUUCUCUCUCUGGUCCAAUUCAUUCAUCGCUCUCCAGGCUUCGGUCGUUGUCCAAACUUCGCCUUGAUCGGAAUGGAUUGAAUUCCAGUGUGCCGGAGUUCUUUGGUAAUUUCUCUUCUUUAACCAUGCUUCGUCUCAGUGCUUGUGGGCUCACAGGAUCGUUUCCGGCAAGGAUACUUCAGCUCAGGAAUUUGGCGUUACUUGAUGUGUCGGGCAAUACUGAUCUUUCUGGGAAUUUGCCUGGGUUCCCCGAAGAUAGCACCUUGGAAAGUUUGGUUCUGUCCAACACGAACUUUUCCGGGACUUUACCUGGGUCUAUUGGCAAUCUCAAGUCUUUGACGGAAUUGCAGCUUUCGGGUUGUCGAUUUUCUGGAGCCAUACCCUAUUCUUUUAGCAACCUCACCCAGUUGGUCCAUCUGGACCUCUCAUUCAAUAAUCUCAGUGGCGAGCUUCCUUCGAUGGCUCGAUGGCGAAGCAUUUCAGAUGUAGUACUUAAGAAUAAUAGGCUGAGUGGAUCGAUAACUUCCUCUCUUGGCAACCGAGUGCUUCCCAAUCUCACAGUGAUUGAUCUAACAAAUAACUCACACUCUGGUGAGAUUCCUGUAUGGCUGUUUUCCCUACCAUCUUUACAGAAUUUGCUGCUUAGCCAGAACCAGUUCUCCGGACAUCUCCAAGAGUUUUCAGAUCCUUCUUCCACGUUGUCAAAUGUUGACUUGAGUAAUAACAAGCUGCAGGGACCAAUUCCUAAGUCGGUCUUUCGGCUCUCAGGGCUAAAAAUUCUCAAUCUUUCAUCAAACAACUUCAGCGGCACAGUGGUGCUAGACUUGCUCCGGAGCUUGAGGAAUCUCUCGAAUCUGGAUCUCUCCAAUAAUAGGCUGUCAGUAAUAGAUGGAGAUGAUAAUUCUUCGUGGGCUUCUUUCCCCAAUAUCAGCACGUUGAGACUGGUAUCUUGCAAUCUGAACAAGCUUCCUGGUUUUUUGAGAUUCCAGGAUGGAGUCAGCACCCUGGACCUCUCAAUGAACAGCAUUGGCGGCAGUAUACCCCAGUGGAUAUGGAGUAUUGGGAACUACAGUUACAAUUACUUGAAUCUUUCUUUUAACAUGUUUACCAGUGUGGAGGGACCUCCGCCCGAUCUUUCCGAUAUCGGUUCAAUGAUGCUUGAUCUUCAAGCCAACAUGCUUCGAGGACCUAUUCCUCUCCCCCCGCAGCACACCAUUGUUUUGGAUUACUCGAACAACAGCUUCGCGUCCUCUAUCCCAUCCAAUUUCGGUGCGUAUCUCAAUUUCACCGUCUUCCUUUCACUGUCUAGCAACGGACUCACAGGAGAAAUCCCUCCUUCCAUUUGCAAUGCGAGCUAUCUCCAAGUCCUUGAUCUUUCAGACAACAGUUUGAACGGUUCGAUCCCAUCAUGCCUUUUGGAAGGCAGCAAUGGUUUGGGCAUACUGAAUUUGCGGGGCAACCGGUUUCAGGGAGCCUUGCCUCAGAAUUUUGACGAAAACUGUGCUCUCCGGACAAUAAAUCUCAAUGGUAAUCAGCUGAGCGGUUCGCUGCCCAGAUCCUUGGCCCGGUGCAGAAUGCUAGAGAUUCUAGACCUUGGAAACAACAGCAUGGUCGACUCCUUUCCAUACUGGCUGGGGGAAAUUUCUACACUGCGCGUCCUUGUUCUGAGGUCCAAUGAAUUCUAUGGCGAUGUUGGACCUCCUGCAGAAAACAAUGGCAGCAAUGGCACAUUUGAGAUGCUGCAAAUAUUUGAUCUGUCUUCCAAUAACUUCAGCGGCAGCUUACCUCCAGAAUGCUUCAAGAGUCUAAGAGCCAUGAUGGCUGGUUCAGAUACUAAUCGCUCCACUGUGGAUUACAAGUACCUGGAGUUCAGCCGAUCACCCUACUAUCAGAACAGUGUCACAGUCACAUUCAAAGGGCAGGAGAUGACGCUAGUGAAGACCCUGACCAUCUUCACAUCCAUUGAUUUCUCAAGUAAUCGCUUCGAAGGUGGCAUCCCGGGGGAGAUUGAGGAACUCAAUUCACUGGUGGUGCUAAACAUGUCGCACAAUGCUCUUACAGGUGAAAUCCCUCCUCACCUUGGGGACCUGCUGCAGCUCGAGUCUUUGGAUCUAUCUUCAAACCUCCUCUCAGGCGGGAUUCCCCAGCAGCUGAUUUCUCUUACUUUUCUCUCUUCUUUGAACCUCUCAUACAACAAUUUAUCGGGAACAAUACCAGAUACUAGUCAGUUCUCUACGUUCACGAACGCUUCGUUUUUAGGGAAUGAAGGAUUAUGUGGGAGCCCAUUGUCAAAACAAUGCAAUUCUGCGAAGCCUCCUGCAGUGCCAGAGUCCUCCAAGUCUUCGAUAGAUCUAAACUGGCAAUUCAUAUUCACGGGAUUGGGAUUUGGAGUGGGAUUGGCUAUGGUAGUGGGGCCUCUUAUGGUGUGGACUAAGGGGAAGAGGUGGUACAACAAGCUUGUUGAUAGACUGCUUUGGCCCGUUAUUCCUCGAUGUCUUUAUGACACCUGUGGUGAUGGGAAGGUGGGGGAUGAGGACAUGGUCGAUGACUCCCUGGACAUGGAAGAGGAGGACAGAAGGUUCUGCGUCUUCUGUACUAAAUUACAGUUUGUUGAGGGUCGAGUCAUAAUCCAUCAUGUCGAAUGCUCUUGUCUUCGAUCGGAAGAAUAAUCUCUCUCUCUCUCUCUCUUUGUUUUUGUGUAUAUAACAGCAGUCAUAUAUAACAUAAUAGUAAGCUGCGGCAAGUAGAAGGAUGGAAGAUGGAUUCAUUUGAAGAAUCUUCAAUUUUUUUUACCCCCUUUUGCA